AAACACUCCCUCAAACGAAUCGCAAAACUACCCCUUCGGUGUUUUUUCAAUUUUGAGGUCAAAAAUUAACAUUUUUUCUUCUUUGAUUUCCUAUGCUGUCUUCGUGUAUUUUGGUCUCAGGAAUCCAAAUCUGCCAGCCAAAUUGACCUACCUAUAAAAUUGAUUGAGUUAUCGCCAUUUUCUCGCUUGCAAAUGUGAAAAAUUAAGAAUAUCAACAGUCAAAAAUCAACAUUUCUUUUGAACGGUAUUUUAUGGGCUAUUUUUAUGUACGUUUAGCCCAGAAAUUUGUAUCUGCUAACUCAAUUGAUCUACCUGUUGUUAUAAUCUAGUACGAUGAACAAGUUUUCAGCCCUAGAUUACCAAGUGAUUUUCUCACUUAAAAGAAGAAGGAUAUUGGGAAUAAUUUCAAAGAUAGUUGGACUUUAAUCGUUGUUGAUAAGAUACUCUAAUAGUAAUCAGUAUCAGUUGCUCGAAAAGUUCGAAGAAGAUUGAAAUAUUAGCUUUACUAGUUAGCUCUAAAAAAUCAUUUGAAAUUCCUGUUUAAAAGGCAUACAUGCGCGUCACAUGCCUGCGCGUGAGUAUCGUCAUGACAGUUGUGAACUCGUUGUACUCAGGUAGAUUUAGUGUCGUGAUGAAUCUUAUGCACCUGACGUGAGAAGUUCUAAAUUUUCAACAAACAGGAUUGUUAAAAUGAGUCUAAUUAUGAAUUAUCCUACCGGUGAAUACAUCGAUGGUUUUUAUCCAAACUUUGUUUGAUUAUAUUAAGUAGAUGUGUACGUACGUAACUGCCUAUGAAUAUCAGGAUGAACGUUUUAUUCAAGGAUCUUAGAAUUCGGUACCUCUUCAUCUGUAUAUUUGUCACCUUUGCCUUUACCUGUUUCAUUGGAAUUGCUCCCUUGAGCAUAGAUGAAUGCAAGUGCGAUGUAGGCGAUACACCUUCAAAACUAGCUGUAGUUCGAGCUCGAAACAAUGAAUUAAAAAAUAGCAAGCAUAGCUUGGCGAUACUUGUCCCAUUCAGAGACCGCUUUGACGAGCUACUAAUAUUUGUUCCUCACAUGCACAAAUUUCUCAGUACUCAGAAUAUAAAUUACCACAUAUUUAUAAUAAACCAGGUUGACAAUUAUAGGUUUAAUCGGGCUUCGCUCAUCAACGCAGGAUUCUCGGAGGUUCAAAAAGACUACGACUACAUAGCUAUGCACGACGUAGAUUUACUACCAAUGAAUAAUCAGUUGUUAUACCGUUAUCCGGCGAAAGAACCUCAUCACAUUGCUUCACCUGAACUUCAUCCACGAUAUCAUUACCCCACUUUUGUGGGUGGUAUUUUACUUGUAAAUAGAGAUCACUUUGCAUUAGUUAAUGGCAUGUCAAAUAAAUACUGGGGCUGGGGUCUUGAGGAUGAUGAAUUUUAUGUGCGUUUAAAAGAGGCUGGGCUGGGUGUUAGCCGACCACAGAAUGUGACCACUGGAACGCAUAACACAUUCAAGCAUAUCCAUGAUAGAAAUCGUAGAAAACGAGAUAUCACCAAGUGUUUCAAUCAACGCGAGGUUACCAGAAGAAGAGAUCGUCAAACAGGUCUGAAAGAUGUUUCUUAUAAAUUGUUGAACGUUACCAAAAUGACGAUUGCAGAAACGCCUGCGAUAACUGUACUUGAUAUUUCAUUAAAUUGUGAUAAAUCUGUGACCCCAUGGUGUGAAUGUAGCAAAUCUGAUACUCCAAAGGUUUCAUCAGCUAAAGAAGUGAAAAAAACUAAGAAAUCUGCUAGCGGUUCUUAGUUAAUUCUCCAUUAUCGAAGUGGAUGAUCCCCUGUAAGUUUGACUAUGAUGACGCGUAGAUACUUAUAUAAGUUCAAUAGUCUGCAUUGUUGAAACUAAGGUGCCAUUAAACUGUGACUUGAAAUUUUUAGACCCAUUAUUGAUGGCUUAGGUAUAAAAAUUACUUUUUCAUUACUGCCAUAAUUCCAAUCGUAUAUGAAAUCAAUGUGUAUCCCCACACAUCUACCUCCUAGUUGUUCCAUUCAUCCUGCACGUAUGUACAUAGUAAAUAAACUCCAAACACGUGUAUCUA